AUGCUAGGUUCGGGAAAGGCGGUGUCUGCUGUCGCUGCAGGCGUUGCGGGUGGUUCCAGCGGCGGGGGUGGGUUCUCUGCGGUUGCUGCUAAGGCUGUGCCGUUGGGUCGGUCCGGCUCGUAUAAACUGACGGCUCUGGCGAUCGGAGCAGGAAGCAAGGGGGGAUUGGGCUUGGGAGCCGGGGGCGGUGAGAGAGGCAAGGACGGCGGGGAGAGGGCGAGAGCAGGAGAGGAACGCGGGAAAGAAGGGGGGGCAGGAGCAGGGGGAGCAGCAAAAGCUGCAGGGGUAGCAGGAGCAGCAGGGUUUGGAGGGAGGAAAGACGGGGGAACGGAGGGCUCUGGCAAAGGGGGUGAGAGGAAGGGAGAGGAGGCGAGAAAAGGCACAGGAGGAGGAGGAGGAGGUGGGUUAGGAGGAGGCGGUGAAGGGGGCGGAGGAGCGCGCGAGAGGGAGGGCGGAGAAAGGGAGGACGGGGACAGAGAGGAGGGUGCCAGGCGUAGAGCAGGAUUGGAUAGAGCAGGAUCGUAUAAGUCAGGAGGAUUGAUGAGAAAGAAGAAGCGAGUAGCAAGGUUUUUGGAGGAGGAAGAGGAGGAUGAGGAGGAGAAGGAUCGGAGGUUCAUUGCUUCGGAUGAUGAGGAUGAGAUGGAUGUGGGUGGGAGCAGAAGCGGAGGAAGGGGAGGAGACGCGCGGUACAGAUCGUGGAAGGAAGGAGGAGAGGAAGGUGCCGGGGAAGGUUCGGAGGAAGGUGAGGAGGAGGGGUUGUACGAAGGGGAUGAGGAAGAGGAGGAGGAGGAUGAGCAAGUGGCAGGGUGGGACAGCGUGUGCUACAUCUGUGAUGAUGGGGGUGACUUGGUGUGCUGUGACGGCCCCUGUAUGCGCUCUUUCCAUGUGGAGCCGGAUGACGAGGAGGAGAAACGGAGGGACAAGUUCCACUGCCCGACCAUUGGGUUGACGGAUAGUGAGGAGGCUGCAGAGGAGGAGGAAGAGGAGGAGAUGGAGAUGGAAGGAUUUGGGUUGAGCGAGACGGCUGCAGCAGGUGCAUCAGCGUCUGCCAGAGCUGCUGCUUCUGCCGCUGCUGCUGAAUCAUCCUGGUCAGCACAGGAGAAAGGACAAGCAGCAGCAGCAGGAGCAGCGGCAGGAGGAGCAGCAGGAGCGGUGGGGGAGAAGGGGAAGGGGAAGAAGAGGUCGUGGAUUGAGAGGGAGAGGGAGGAGAGGGAGGCGGCUCUGAAGGCGAUGGAGAGUAUUGGAGGCAUUCAGAGCCGCAAGGGCGGGCUCACUCACAAGGAGAUGGCGCAGAGCUGGAACAAAGGCAAGGCCCCACGGCACAUGUUCCAGUACCCCUGCGACCUGGACGCGUCCAGAGCUCGCCUGAGCAAGAUUUUCGAGGAUGCAGCGAAGCAGGUCACAGAACAGACGGCCAAGGCCGGCCUUGCCGUCCCACGCAUGUACCAGCACUGCCACAACAACGCGGGCUCCAGCUCGGGCGGCAACGCGGGCGGCAAUGCGGGCGGCAACAACAACCAGGGCGGCAACCCUCGGAAGAUAGCGCUGAGCAAGCUCGAGUCGAUUCUCCACGCAGGGGAGAAGGCUCGGAAUUUUCUAGCCAGGGAGUUGGAGCAAGCAGGAAUGAUAUCAGCCCAAGCGCUGCAGCAGGCAAUGAAUCUCUGCCCGGAAAAGCAACUCCAUCAGCUGAACGUAAUCGGGGGUACAUUGCGGGUAUACCUCUCCCCGUACGUGCACGGGCAGCGGUACACGUCGUUCGGGCGGCAUUUCACGAUGCCUGAGAAGCUUAACGAGGUGGUGGAGCGGCUGGUGCCUUAUAUGGAGGAGGGGGACGUGCUGGUGGAUUUCUGCUGCGGGGCGAACCACUUCUCGCUGAUCGCAAGGCAUCGGCUUGAGGAGGCGGGGAAGCGGUGUGGGUUUGCGAAUUUCGACAUCAUGCGGCCUCCCAAUGAGUUCUGCUUUGUUAAGCGGGACUGGUUCUCCGUCAAGAGGAACCAGCUCCCUCACAGCAAUCGCCUUAUCAUGGGCCUCAACCCGCCCUUCGGCGUGCGAGGGCAACUCGCUUCGAAUUUUUCGAGCCGUGCCGCCUCCGUCUUCCGACCCAAGCUCAUCAUUCUCAUUGUCCCUCCGGAGACGCGACAGCUGGGCCCACUUGGGUAUACGCUACUGUGGAGGGACGAGAAGAUUUUUGAGAAUCGCGCAUUCUACUUGCCAGGCUCGCAUGAUAAGGACAACAAGACAAUGAACCAAUGGAAUAACAUCCCCCCGCCUUUAUACCUCUGGUGCCGCAAUGACCUCGUCCACCACUACGGUCCUUUGGCUGACCACCUCGGGCACACAAGGGGCCUCUUCUCUUCUCCACGGCCCAUGCCUCCCUCGCUGCUCGCAGAGCUAAAAGUUGCAACCUCCAUCUCCACCACAGGUCUCGACCCUGGUUCCAUCGCUGCUGCUGAAUCGCAAUCUCUUAUACUUCUCGGACCUAACAUCUGGGCUCGGGCUGGCUGUGGCUUGGCUGAGGGAAGAGCUUCGGGAGAUGAAGUUGGGGGUGCUGAUGAAGGUGGUGGUGUUGCUGGUGGUGGUGAUGUUGGCGGUGGUGGUGAUGAUGCUGCGGCUGGUGCUGCUGUUGGUAACGGGGAUGGAGGGCAGCAGCUAUAUUUGGAAGAGAGGGAGAAUGAAGGAGAGGAGAUGGUUGGGCUGGAUGUCCUGGGCAUUGAUAAGGGCGGAGGAGGAGGAGAAGGAGAGCAGGAGGGUAGAAAGAUGAGCUGGGCAGAGCAGCAACACCACAGGCGUGGGCGAGAAAGGGGUGGGCAUGGAGGAGAGGGGGCACGGUACGAGAGAGAGAGGGGCCGGCACGAGCAAGGAGGGCAUCUACGGCAGGGUUAUGGUGAAGUGCAUGACAGGGGCUAUGGUGAGGGGCGUGAUAGGGGCGGCCAUUACAGUAGAGACCGCGGGCGAAGCGCAGAGAGAGUGGCUGGUGGCUGUCUGGAGCGUGGGGGUGAUAGAGUUGUUGAGAGGGGUGGUGAUGGGAGUCAGUAUGGUGUGAGGGAGCGCGAGCAUCGGUACAUGCGUGGGAGGGAUGUGGAUGGGGAAGAGAGAAGGGAGGGGGGGUAUGAGGAGCGGGGUGGUGGGAGGAGAGGAGAGGAGGCGUGGAACGAGCGGCGCGAGAGAAACCCUCAAAACUCCCUCUCAGGCGCCAUUGGGGUCCCCAUUUCAUUCGGCCAACAACUGGGCGGUGCGCUCUCUGCUGCCAACAGUGUUCCCUUGGGCGGUCAGGGCAUGCAAGGAGGAGUGGUGUCUGCUGUUCCUCCUGGGUUCGGCCCGGACCAAGGGCAGCAAGGUGGCUUUCUUUUUCCUGGAGAAGGAGAGGGCGGCUUGAGGCAGCACGAGUCACUUCAAUAUAGCUGUCUCUUCGCCAACAGUGUUCCCUUGGGCGGUCCCGGCAUGCAGGGGAGGGGGCUGGAGGCAGCACGAGGUGAGUGCGAGGCAGAGGGAUUAGGCCAGCCCCUGGGGGGUGCGCUCUCUGCUGCCAACAGUGUUCCCUUGGGAGGUGCGCUCUCUGCUGCCAACAGUGUUCCCUUGGGAGGUGCGCUCUCUGCUGCCAACAGUGUUCCCUUGGGAGGUGCGCUCUCUGCUGCCAACAGUGUUCCCUUGGGAGGUGCGCUCUCUGCUGCCAACAGUGUUCCCUUGGGAGGUGCGCUCUCUGCUGCCAACAGUGUUCCCUUGGGAGGUGCGCUCUCUGCUGCCAACAGUGUUCCCUUGGGAGGUGCGCUCUCUGCUGCCAACAGUGUUCCCUUGGGCGGCCCCGGCAUGCAGGGGAGGGUGGUGGCUGGCUGCUGUGCCUCCUGGCAGGGUUUGCGUGCUGCUGGCGGCCCGGGGGGGGCUGCUGCUGUACUCGUUAGUAGCUCUGGGCGCAUCCUCAGAGGAGCCGACCAGAUGGAGAGUUUCCUGCGCAACGCAGAGAGGCUCGAGGCGGCGGGAGGAGCAGCAAUUGGGGGAGCCGAUCAAAUGGAGAGUUUCUUGCGCAACGCGGAGAGGCUGGAGGCAGCAGGAGCAGCGGCAGGAGGAGCAGGAGGGGGACGGGGAGGAGGAGGGGGAGAAGGGGGGUUUGGGAUGGCUGGAGGUGGUUUGGGCUCUCCCACCCCACAGCUGCAGUCUGCAGCAGCAGCGGGUGCAUUGGGUGCUGGUGAUGCAGGGAGGGGGGAUUUCGGCAGCUUUCUCCGCAAUGCAGAGCGGUUGGAAGCGGUGCAUGGGGGGAGAUAUGGGGAGAUGCGCGGUGACAUGGGUGGGGGCAUGGGAGGGGCCAUGGGUGGGCUGCAAGGAGAUCUGGCAGGCGGCAUGAGAAGCGCAUCCAUGGGACCCAUGGGGCCUGUGAUCCGCAUGCACGUACCGCCGUUCGACCCGCAUGCGCCCCCACCGCCUCACGUGUCUCUCCGUGGGCCCAUUCCCCCGGGCUUUGAAGAUGGACCCGCCUUUCCAGAGCGGCGUUUCGGAGGUGCACCGCCUCACAUGCAGCAGCAGCAGCAGCUGGGAGAUCCAAUGGAGCCUCUUACUGAGGUUGCGCCGGUGACUGUGCGGAUGGUCGGCACGCAUCGUGUGAUGGUUGUUGCAGAUUCGCCCGUCCGCCCACCACCGAUGGAGCUCCCGAGGUCCAUGGAUCCCUUUUCCCCCAACAUGCCACUCGAAAUGCAAGGCGGAAGGCCUCCCUUCUUCUCCCAGCAGCAGCAACAGCAGAUGCCGCCACAGCAUUUUGGUGAAAGCGUCCAGAUUCGUGGAAUUCACGAGCGGGGGUUCCCGGGACCGCCUCACCACAUGAUGCAAGGCCCGCCGGACCUUCUUCCUCCACGUGGUGAUUCUUUUCGACCGCAAGGCCCCCGAGGAGAAUUCUUCCCUUCUCCUCAAGGGGGACCACAUGGGCCUCCCCCAUAUGGCCCUCCCCUUCGUGGGCCCCCGUUUGGCCCGCCACCAUUUCUCAAUGAUCAAGGACCUAGAGGGCCUUUCCGUGGCUUUCCCCCCAUGGACCCCCGUGGAGGAGUGGAGGACCAUCCGCGUUUUGGUGGUCGAGGCCCGUUCGAUGGUGCCGGUGGUCCGAAUAUUGGGGCCCGCGUGCUACACGUUGCAUUCUUCGCGGCACUGGUGGCCCUUGCCUACUCGGACGACGAUAAGGAUUUUGAGCGUUUUAACUCUCUGCUGAUUGGAGCCAACGAGGUUCCAAAGAACAACACCGAAGCUGCCAGGAAAGCUGUCGGGGACAAACGAGGGAUGGUCCACAUGAAGCUUAAGAUCUACAAGGAGGAUGGCAAGCCUACAUGGCUGGAGUAUUCGGUGAAAGCGUUGAAGCUGGAAGGCGAGAUGCCGCCAACCAAGACGCACAUACACCCAGGGAACAAGGGGCAGAACAACCCCGUGCUGCUGGACCUGCCGUGCUCGUACGAGAGGAAGAGCCGCACCGACUGGCGCUGCAAGGGCUCCCUCGGGAAGAAGGAGCACGAACGCACCAACGACCUCGUGUCAGCGCUUAAGGAUAUCUCCAAGAAUCCGAAGGGGCACUAUGGGAAUAUUCACACGAAGAAGUAUUCUGAUGGUGCCGUGCGUGGUCAGCUCUCCAGGGGCUAG